GUGUGCUAUAUUUUUAACAUUUGGGGAAAACUCGGCCAACGCGGCGUAAAAUAUGUCGUAUUUUCCAACUUAGCUAGCAUUUGUUCGUAGGAAAUAGCUUCAAAAUGUCAAGACAUCGGAAUGUGCGGACUAUGAACUAUGAUGAUGAAUAUUAUGAUGAAGAUGAAGUCUAUGGGCAUUCUUAUGAUGACAGCUACUGUGUUUCACCAGCAACAGCUGCCCAGUUCACAUUCAACAGAGAGAGAGAUGUCAACUUGUCUUCUUAUAUGGAGGAGGGAAUUCCCGAAGAGGAAGAUGAAAGUGAAAGUGAUCUCGAGCCACUGAGUGAUUCUGGGAGAGACAAGAUUAAACUUGAUGACAUUGAACAAGCAAAGCUGAACUCUUGUUUGGAGGAGAUAGGAAAUGUCCUAGGGGAUACCAUUCCAGAGCACAUUGUUUCCCAGGCCAUUGUAAAACAUAAAUACAACAUCCAGGCUGCCUUGAAUGAACUCUUAAAUCAGAACGAGGCACCAAAACCACAGAGACAGCCAAGGCAGGACAGGAGAACAAACAGACAAGUUUUUGCACCAGUUCAACCAACAGUUCAAUUGAAAACACCAGUCAAAAAAAGUCCAACACCAGACUUAGCCAAUACCACUUCUGCCACCUCACAGAUGAAACUGGAAUCCACUGCAGAACCUAGUGUCAAAAUCCUAGUCAAUGACACCAAAUCGGUUCCUAGUGCUGUUAAAAAUGGUGUGAAAGAAUUGAGGACUAACGUUGGAAACUUAAAAGUAGACACUGAAGUGACCUCUAAAAACAAGGACAGUAAAAGUACGGUAGAUGUCAACCUUAAACCUGUGAAUUCAGAGGUGGAUUUAAUUGCUGAUCUGACUGGGAAAAGUGAACUACUUGCUACCCCCAGCAAAUCAACCACUGGCAUCCCAGCAACACCAAAGAGUACCUCAAAAAUGAAACAAGAUAAGGCAAAAUUAAAGGAAGAAUUUGAGAAGAGGAAGAGUGGAAAAGAUCUACUAAACUUAGUUGUUAUAGGUCACGUAGAUGCAGGUAAGAGUACACUGAUGGGGCACCUGUUGUAUCAGUUAGGGGUAGUCAACAAGAGGGCCAUGCACAAGUACGAACAGGAGUCCAGGAAACAGGGAAAAGGAUCAUUUGCCUUUGCCUGGGUCCUAGAUGAAACAGAGGAAGAAAGGACAAGGGGAGUAACUAUGGACAUUGCUCAAACAGCAUUUGAGACUCCCAACAAGCAGAUUACAUUAUUAGAUGCACCUGGACACAAAGAUUUUAUUCCAAAUAUGAUAACAGGGACUGCCCAAGCUGAUGUUGCCAUUCUAGUUGUCAACGCCACACGAGGGGAGUUUGAGACAGGAUUUGAAUCAGGGGGUCAGACUAGGGAACAUGCUCUCUUGGCUCGAUCACUAGGAGUGUCACAGCUUAUAGUUGCUGUCAACAAGAUGGACACGGUAGAUUGGUCACAGAGCCGUUAUGAUGACAUUGUGAAAAAAUUAGGCCAGUUCUUGAAGCAAGCUGGCUAUAAAGACACAGAUCUGUCCUAUAUUCCAUGCAGUGGUCUAGGUGGGGAAAACUUGGCUAAAACAGUCACAGAACCAAAACUAGCAUCCUGGUAUAAAGGAAGCACUCUAGUGGAACAGAUAGAUAAGUUUAAGCCAGUUGAACGGUCAAUGGAUAAGCCUUUCCGUCUGAUUAUCAGUGAUGUUUUCAAGGGACUGGGGAGUGGAUUCAGUGUGGUGGGUCGAGUCAGCGCGGGGUCAGUCCAGUCUGGAGACCGAGUUCUAGUACAGCCAGCAGGGGAUCUAGCUGUUGUUAAAGGGGUGUCUAUGGAGGAUUCUGACAACACUUGUGGUUUUGCUGGAGACCAUGUUACAGUCAUUUUAACUGGAAUGGACAUGGCUCAUGUCAAUGUUGGAAGUGUCUUGUGUGAUCCUCAGAAUCCCAUAAAAAGUGCCAUAAGGAUAAGGGCAAGGAUUGUCAUAUUUAACUUGGAAUUACCCCUGACAAAGGGAUUUACGGUUGUGUUCCAUUAUCAGUCUAUCACAGAACCAGCUGUGAUAAAACGUCUCAACAGUCAACUCAACAAAACCACAGGAGAGGUCAUUAAAAAUAGGCCCAAGUGCCUUGUUAAAAACAGCAGUGCUGUUGUGGAAAUUGAAUUUGAGCGACCUGUCUGUCUAGAAAUGUAUAAAGAUUUUAAAGAUUUAGGGAGGUUUAUGUUACGGCAUGGGGGUCAUACAAUUGCUGCAGGACUAGUAGAAGAGGUAUUGAAAACAAAAUCAAAAACAGAUGAAAAUUCACCAGAAUGACAGUUUUUCCAAGAAGCUAAUCUUGACAUUUUGAGACUUUGUCUCGUGCUUAUCAGCUCUUUAGGGCCUUGCCAGAUAAUUCAUUCAAAAGUUUUGCUUCUUAAUUUAUUCAAAAGAAAAGGGCCACACAACCAUUUUUAUUUGGUCAUUCUUGACUUGCUUAAACAUGCUUACCAGCCUUACCUUCAUCUUCCUCAGUUGUUUAUUCUAUUGACAAAGUCAAAUUACUGAAGAUAGUUUCAAAUGACACAUUUUUUUUCUUUUCUUUUCUUUUUUUUUUUUUUAUAAAGGGAAAUUAAAAGAUAAUUUCCUGGAAAAAAAAACUAGAAAAUUUUAUUUUGUGAUUAAUUGCAUUUUAACAUUCUUUUAAAUGUGCAUGUAAAUUUAAAUCAGUAC